CGGCUGCUGGUGUGGCGCUGCAGUGGAACUUCGCUGUCCCCCGCUCUGCUUUUGGGCUGGACGGCAUGGGCUGGUCACGGGACCUGGUCCGCGUCUUAUGGAGGACGCUGUCCAAGGAGGUGAGGGAGCAAGUGGGCUCAGACCACCUCGGGAACAAAUAUUACUACAUCCCGUCGUACAAGAACUGGAGAGGACAAAUAAUUCGAGAGAAAAGAAUUAUAGAAGCAGCAAAUAACAAAGAAGUAGACUAUGAAGUAGGAAAUAUCCCAACAGAAUGGGAAGCUUGGAUUAGAGGAACCAGAAAGAACCCUCCUACUCUUGAGGAAAUACUAAGGAAUAAAAAGUACAGAGAAGAAAUUGUAAUAAAAAGUAAAGAAUUGGAUGCAAAGGAAAAACUCUUCAGUAAAGAGAGCAACGGGAAUCUUUUGGCCCCACCAAUGGAAACUGAGAUUAAAGGGCAUGCAUCUGCUCCGUACUAUGGCAAAGAAGAGCCUUCAGUGGCUCCCUCCAGCACUGGUAAAACCUUUCAGCCAGGAUCCUGGAUGCCACAAGAUAGAAAGAGCCAUAAUCAGUGAAUGCUGAAGCCGGGAUUUGAACCAAUGAUCUUCUGCAUGAAAGGCAAAUGCCCUACCUCCAUGCUAUCUCUCCGGCCCCAUAUGUGUUAUUUUUAACAAAUAAAAGGUUACAUUGUUA